UCAGCCGGCGCCGCCAUAUUGGAGAGGCGCCGCCGCCGCCGUCUCUGAGCUCCGGCUGCCUCCCGGCUGCGGCCGCAGGAAGGAAGGAAGCCGCCUCGCGCCGCGCCGACGCCCGGCCGCCCGCCUCGUCCCCGCCGUCUCCCCAUGAUUGCCCCCGGCCCCGCUGCCGUCGGACGUCGCCCCAGCGCCCGGAUUUAACACGGAGGCCCGGGUCGGGGGCCGCGGGGGAGGAGGAGGGAAAGCCGGUCGGUCCCGCGUCCCAGUCGGCCCGGCGCGGCGCCUCGGCCGGAGCCAUGACCUCGCUGACCCAGCGCAGCUCGGGCCUGGUGCAGCGCCGCACCGAGGCCUCCCGCAGCGCGGCCGACAAGGAGCGGGCGGCCGGCGGCGGAGGCGGCAGCGGCGAGGACGACGCGCAGAGCCGCCGCGACGAACAGGACGACGACGACAAGGGCGACUCCAAGGAAACACGGCUGACCCUGAUGGAGGAGGUGCUCCUGCUGGGCCUCAAGGACCGAGAGGGUUACACAUCAUUUUGGAAUGACUGUAUAUCAUCUGGAUUACGUGGCUGUAUGUUAAUUGAAUUAGCAUUAAGAGGAAGGUUACAACUAGAGGCUUGUGGAAUGAGACGUAAAAGUCUAUUAACAAGAAAGGUGAUCUGUAAGUCUGAUGCCCCAACAGGGGAUGUUCUUCUUGAUGAAGCUCUAAAGCAUGUUAAGGAGACUCAGCCUGCAGAAACAGUCCAGAACUGGAUCGAAUUACUUAGUGGUGAAACAUGGAAUCCAUUAAAACUGCAUUAUCAAUUAAGGAAUGUACGGGAACGGUUAGCUAAAAACCUGGUAGAAAAGGGCGUAUUGACAACAGAGAAACAGAACUUCCUACUUUUUGACAUGACCACACAUCCCCUCACCAACAACAACAUUAAGCAGCGCCUCAUCAAGAAGGUACAGGAAGCUGUUCUUGACAAAUGGGUGAAUGACCCUCACCGCAUGGACAAGCGCCUGCUGGCCCUCAUUUACCUCGCCCACGCCUCGGAUGUUCUGGAGAAUGCCUUUGCUCCCCUGCUGGAUGAGCAGUAUGAUUUAGCCACCAAGAGAGUGCGGCAGCUCCUCGACUUGGAUCCUGAGGUGGAAUGUGUGAAGGCCAACGCCAACGAGGUUCUGUGGGCGGUGGUGGCGGCCUUCACCAAGUAACUGCCCAGGGGGAAGCCUCCUCCUCCCUCUCAAGUAAACCAGUAGUUUUUCUGCUAUUGACUUCUGGUUUUCUGCAAUUUAUACUUUCCCACACUAUAAUUGGCUUUUGUUUUAUGAAAUGGUAGGUGGCUUUUUUUUGUUUUUUUUUAAUAUGUAUGCAGGAUUCUGCUGGUACGAGAGGCCUUCCUCUUUCUGUUUUAAAAAGUUUUACUGCCAUAUUGGCAUUCCAUUCCUUCUGUUGCCAUGCUCACUGUUACCUGUUCUGGAUUUCUGGUAUGCUUUGACUUUCAAAGUAACCUCCAGUCUCCUCACAUGCAGACCUUCGGAUUACCUCAGUUUGAGUUUUCCCCUAUGUGCAUGUGCAUCUCCCAUUCUGCCUACAAUUCAGACAGAAAUCACAAAAAGGCCUUUAACUCACCAAAGGUAAAUAUCUGUAUCUAUUAGGAUGUUUUAUACAUAGACCUCAGUUGAGAUGUAUACUUAGCAAAGUUAUUUUUAAAUUGAAACAACACAGUAAAUAAUAUAAAAUGCCCCUUUGAUUUUGUGUCCCAUGUAAAUCUGUUAUACAACUUGUUAUAAUUUUAACUAUUAAAUCAUAACGGUCCAACUGUUUCACAAAGCCAGUUUGGGAUGGGCUGCAUUCCAGUUAUGCUGUAUAUAGUUUGAAUUAUAUAUAAAUUGUCCCUUCUUCUGGCCACACCUGCCUCCAUCUUAGUAUUUUGCAAGAUUUAAUUUCUUGUACACCUGGUGCCCUCACUUGCUUUAGUUACUAUUAUUUGAUGGCAAAAUAGACCUUUCACCAUUGAAGGAGAGAGAAAAGAUAUGUGUCUGGUCCCAAGAUUUUUUGAGCUGUGCCAUUCAUGGCACUCUUCAGCUGUGCAUCUCCUUUUGCAAAUACUUUUGUCUUACUGUUUUUACCAUUUCUGUAUGGAAGAGGCUUGUGACCAGUACUAAUCUUGAGUACAGUUUUUUUGUUUUUUUGACCACAAGUAAAUUAAUGUUUGCUCUUAAAUGUCAUUUAUCUACUCACAAUUUCUCACAAAGAAAUCAAAUGUCAUUUAUAGCAGAUGUUGCAUGUAAAUUGUUAUCAAGUAAUGACUACAGUUCAGAUGAUUAAGAAUUUUAUAACAGAAAGCUCUGCUAUGUUUUAAUUUUUAUGUACAAUUAUGACAAUUAGCACAUUAUAAAAAUAUAAACCUUUGCUUUUUACUAUUUCUUUAUCACUGUUUAUCAAUAAUAUCACUAUUGGUUUCAUAAUGUAAAUACUAUAUAUUGAACAAAUUAAAUGUCAAAUUUUUUAUUACCAUAGUUCAUGUUAAUAGUGAGGCUUUCAGGUGUCUAGAGUUUUUUUGGUUAACAUUCAAUGCAAAACUACUAGAUGGAUUCCCUAAUAUGUAUACUAUCUUUUUAUCUGAAGAAAUAAACUAUGAUCUUGAAAGUGCCUGAAUCAGA